AGCAUGUAGCAUGAUCUGCUGUUCUUGUCCCCGAAGGAAAUGUGCAGCACAGAGCUUCUUCAGAGCACAGAGCAUCUAGCAGCAUGUCCAAGCAAAACCGAGAUGUAGAGUUAGUUUGCCUGAUGCAGGACAAAGCACUUGAUCUUCAAAACUCCACCCUUCCCUAUCAAGGCAUAGCCGAUCAGUUGCCCAAUGUCCCCAUGGCUCCAUCCCGCAUACCUGUCCUCAUCUCCAGAAAACAGAAAGCUGGUGUGGUGAACCCCAGUUUUGUGAAGGAAGAAGCAUCCCUUUCUCGCAAUUCAGGACUACAGGCAAGCAAGCAUUCCACAGUGAUUGGCAAGACCGUAAAGUUUAAAAAUGGCUCUUCAGGGCUGCCCAGACUUAUCCGAAGCACUCACCCCAUCACCCAAAACAAAUCCCCAAACAAAUCCCAAACUCUCAUGGUGCCAGCUACACCCACAGCCCUCAAGAGAAAGAAGCUUCACUCUCAGGAGGACAAUGUAGAAGAGCUUCGAGUACCAUCUCCAUACCAGUCUCCAGUCAAUGCAGAAGAAUGUCAAGUAUCAUCUCCGUACCAAUCUACAGUCAAUGUAGAUGAACUUGGAGUACCAUCUCCAUGCCAGUCUACAGUCAAUGUGGAUGAACUUCAAGUACCAUCUCCACACCAGUCUCCAGUCAAAGCUUGGUCAGACCAGUCUAGCCCACAGGCAGAAGAUUUGCCAAAACGUAGUGGCUCAACAGCCAGCCAGAGCAGCGACGUGAUCAAUGAUCGCCUGCAGGAACUGGUGAGGCUUUUUAAAGACCGAACAGAGAAAGUGAAAGAGAAACUGGUUGACCCAGAUGCUUCCUCUGAUGAAGAGACACCCGUGCCCUCACCUUCCAAACAAAAGCCUCCAGAAGAAAAGAAGGAAGAAACUGAGAAAGAGAACCCAGUUGGCAAAUCAAAGAAGUGGCGCAUGAAAAAGUGCCAGUUCCCCAGAAGUAUUGAUCCUCUCACCAAUUUGAUAUAUAUCUUGUGGCUUUUCGUUGUGGUUCUGGCAUGGAAUUGGAACUGCUGGCUGAUUCCAGUCCGCUGGGCUUUCCCGUACCAAACACCUGGCAAUGUCUACUACUGGAUGGCUGUGGACUACUUCUGCGACUUCAUCUACCUUUUGGACAUCACCGUCUUUCAAGUCCGCCUACAGUUUGUUGAAAGAGGAGACAUCAUAACUGAUAAAAAGGCCAUGAGAAAGAAUUACUUAAAGUCUCAGCGUUUCAAGAUGGAUCUCAUCUGCCUUCUGCCACUGGAUUUCCUUUACUUCAAAGUCGGUGUAAACUCUCUCUUGCGUCUACCUCGCUGCUUAAAGUAUAUGGCUUUUUUUGAGUUCAACAACCGGCUUGAAGCUAUUCUGAGCAAGGCCUAUGUUUACAGAGUCAUCCGAAUCACGGCCUACUUGCUCUUCAGCUUGCAUGUAAACUCUUGCCUGUACUAUUGGGCAUCAUCCGUCAACGGACUGGGAUCUACCAUAUGGGCCUAUGAUGGGAAAGGAAACAGUUACCUCCGCUGUUACUACUGGGCUGUCAAGACCUUAAUAACAAUUGGAGGACUGCCGGACCCCUACACCCUCUUUGAGAUCAUCUUUCAGCUCCUCAAUUAUUUCACAGGGGUCUUUGUUUUCUCGGUCAUGAUUGGUCAGAUGCGAGAUGUCGUGGGUGCUGCCACUGCUGGACAAACGUACUAUCGGAACUGUAUGGAUAACACAGUGAAGUACAUGACUCUCUACAAAAUCCCCCGCUCUGUGCAGAACAGGGUCAAAACGUGGUAUGAGUACACUUGGCACUCUCAAGGCAUGCUGGAUGAAGCAGAGCUGCUAAGGCAAUUACCGGAAAUGAUGCGGCUGGAUAUCGCUGUCGAUGUGAACUAUGACAUAGUGAGCAAAGUGCCACUCUUUCAGGGUUGUGACCGGCAAAUGAUUUUUGACAUGCUAAAGAGGCUCAGAUCUGUUGUUUACUUGCCAAAUGACUAUGUAUGCAAGAAGGGAGAAAUUGGCCGAGAGAUGUACAUCAUUCAAGCCGGGCAAGUCCAGGUACUGGGAGGACCUGAUGGGAAGACAAUCCUUGUGACCUUGAAAGCUGGAUCGGUAUUUGGAGAGAUAAGCUUAUUGGCCUUAGGGGGCGGAAAUCGCCGCACAGCCAACGUUGUUGCUCAUGGAUUUACGAAUCUUUUCAUCUUGGAUAAGAAAGAUCUGAACGAAAUUUUGGUGCACUACCCAGAGUCUCAGAAGCUGCUGAGGAAAAAGGCCAGGAGAAUGCUGAAGAACAACAGUAAACCCAAAGAAGAAAAAGGGAUGCCAAAAGAUGUGUUGAUCAUUCCUCCAAGAGCCGGGACACCGAAGCUCUUUCAAGCAGCCCUUGUAGCAGCAGGGAGGAUGGGGGGCAAGGGACGGUUAGCUCACAUCCGAUGGAAACUUAGAGAACUGAAGGCACUGCAGGCUGCCAGUUCUUCUCCUAUUGUCCCAAAAUCGCCAGCCAGUCAUGCUUCACCAGCCGGUUCAAGGAAAUCAGAUGACCUCAGAAGUGAGAAGACUGCCGUGAAGUCCCCCGUGCCCUCUGUUGUAAUCCGUGUGACUCCGGCACCCAAGGAUGAUGAACAGAUUCUCUCUGUAGAAAAUGAAGAGAAAGAAGAAAAUGCCUAGAAUAAACUAUCCUAUAGCUGAGAACUCCAGGUCUUGUAGAAUGCUGCUGUCAUGAACUGCAAGCCAGAAACCAAACAGAAAUACGUAGAGGUUUUCCU